GUCGCACUCGUGAAGCACCAGAACGACUCCAUCAUACAUGUCCACAGGUCGGGCCCGCUCGGGAGGACGCAGAAUGCGCGGCGGGGUGCUGCUGCUGGGCGCCGCUAUCCUGUUCGUCUGCUUUGGCAUGAGCGCCGGCAAGCGCUUCGACUGCCAGGUCUUCUGCAAGUCGACUGGCUUCAGCGGCAUGAUCGGCGGCUGUCGCUGCAGCUUCACGCUCUUCACAUCCAAGCGCAGUCAGCGUGCCAGGGUAGCGCCCGGACUCGACGCGUCCAUGCCUGAGGUUGACAACAUGGCCGGGUUUGCCAGCCGUCUCGGCGUCAGGGAGCCGGAGCGGGACGCCAUCAUUCCGUACCUGUUCUUCCCGAACGUGCGCGACAGGGGCCAGAAAGAGGUCAUGGAAGACACGGAUUUCCAGGGAAAGAACGAUUUAGUGUUCGGCAAUAUGUAUCAGUGAUAUCUGCGAGCUUGUUUGAAGGAUGUUUCGGAUUACCAUAAAACGCCAGGCCCUGCAGUUUGGUUCGGUGUAUUGUCGCAGACUUGUGCUCGGUGCCUGAUCGUCAAACCACCUUGUACAUUCGGAGGCACGCACAGAGCGGGUGGAGAAGCCAGCAAACGAUCGGGCUGGGACGUUGGAGGUGUCACUCCUUUGUCGUCAGGUAGACUUCUCGCCCUAACGGGCUGGACGUAUUAGAUUUAUUUAUUCCAGAAACAGCAAAGACGCGUCGUUGAAACCGAUGAUUGUCCUCCCCCAAGAAAGAUUGCGCAUCUGAAACAUUGCUAUUUGCGCCCUGUAUUCGAGCGUAACGCUUUGGAUUAACGCCCUCCCGUGAUUGAAGUACGCACACACGGCGCUCGAUUCAAUUGGAAUGCGUCUGAAGAUCAAUGUUUCUGGAACCAAUGAGGCAUAGAGUGCAAAUUCCUAACAACAAGAUGAUUCGUUAUAAAUCCGAAGGCUAUACCACAACUCUACUCAUUUGGCCCCGUCAUGGUAUUUCUAGAUCCGGUGUCUUUGAGGCGUAUUGAAACUCUGCACCUCAUCUUACCGUGACCGGUCUUUAAGUGUUUCCCGUUUUCUCUCGCGGUACUUGGAGGGGUGACAGCCAAAUGUGACCGGCGCUGUUCCAUAUCCGCACCGAGCACAGGUCUAGGCUGUUGCGUAUGUUGAUUACCAAGUUGGCAACAUUUGAGUCGAUAUUUGUUUUUAUCGUGGAUUGAGCCCUAUACUUAGUUCGCUGUGUUGUGCAGGUUGACCACCAAGCUGUGAAUAUUUGUCUUGUCACAUUGAUUUAUCUUGAGAAUUAUCGCAAAUAAAGGUAGUUUUAUGUAUACGUACAUCGUUCACAAAUACUGAAGCGACCGCAAAAGACGGUCUGCAUGACCUAAAAUGUCUGCGACCAAGGCAGGAGAAGUUUGGUUGACAUAGACGAGGAGGUUGAUCUCCAUAUACUUACGUGGCAUGACGAAACCCUUAAGGGACACAGGUGUUUGGUAAUGUUGUUGGCACUAUGGCAUGACAUGAGAAUCUGCAGAUACUGUAAUGUUCCAUCUCACCAGCAGCGGAAAAAAUCAUGUCUAUAUAGUGUGCUGUCAAAUUCAUGGAUAUUCAUUCACAGUGGAUAAUCCCGAUGGAUAAUCCCGUCACUGCACAAACUGCGAGGUAAUUACAUGUUUUGUGAUCGCUGCUGUCAUCUGAUCGCCCCCCAAAAUUACAUUAAGGAUGUAACUCCCGAGCCAUAUGACAACGGAAAUUGAUUGUCCAUUUACAGCGCACAGCGCGCAGUGUGGCGCCACCACCUAUGGCUACAUCCAGCUUGCAACGAUUGAAUGACGUCAUGACCGGAUGGUUUGUUUUCACUGGCCGUAUAAUAUUUUUUUCAUCAGCACCCACGGGUAGGUACUGCCGUGCUGAACAGUCACUGAGAGUGCUUAAGUGGGGAACGAUGGAUAACCCCGACCUCAUAAAACUGUGCAUGACUCCCCAUGGGCUUGCACACCCGAAGAUUUGGGUAUGAGUUUGGCACCUUGUCGAAUGCUUGAUAAGGCUAGUUAUUUUGGGGCUGGAAACUGCUCUUCUGUUUUCACCCAGGCAACCCAAGUGAAAUCGAACCAAUGAACAAAGCAUGCAGAUCAGUCACGACUGCUGCUUUGCUUGACAAGUUCGGUAAACUUAGGUGAGGAAAACCUGAUGGAACUUUACCGGCCUGAAAUUGCUUUGACAUACACGACUACUAUCAUAUACACGAUAUUGAUGAA